AUGGGGAAUUUGUCAACACAACAUUCCUGGGAUUUAUUCUUUUUGGUGAUUUUGCUUGUCCAGCGUCAGCGAUGGAGAAAAGCUAUCGUGCGGACCUAUGGAUGCAAGCAGGCCGUGAGACAAAAUCCCAAGGAGCCCUUCUAUGGCUUUGACUUCCAGAUGAAGAUGUACAUGGACGUCCCGUUCCUUUAUGAACUGCAUCAACGAUAUGGAGAUACAUAUGAAGUCUCUCCUUGGAUCAGCACUUCAACAACUUGUACAAUUGCCCCAGGAAAUCUUCGGGCGAUUAAUUUAUCAAAGGACUUUGGUGUCUCACCAAUGAGACUUCCGGGGAUGGAGUACUUCUGUGGUCGUGGAUUCAUCACCACGGAUGGUGAUACUUGGAGAGACGCUCGGAAACUGCUCAAGCCCUCUUUCGAAUUAAAUAAUGUUCGCAAACUACAUACGCUAAGAAGAGAAGUCGACGUGUUCUUGAAACAAUUACCGGGGGAUGGCUCAACCGUUGAUCUUCAGCCUCUUCUAUAUGUCAUGUUUAUGAAUUCAGCUUUACAUUUUGUGUUAGGCGUGCAUCCAUCGAAACAGGCAUCUGGCGUGCCUCUUACGGCCGACGGUUUCGUAAAGUCUUUCCAUGAUGCGCUUUUCUAUAGUAUGCUUAGAAAAUUCGUCGAUACGUGUACUGCGGCGCAUGGAUUUUUGGACUAUUAUAUUAACCAGACAUUCUCGGAAAUAGAUGGACCCAAGGACAAAAGUCUGAUUCAGGCACUUUCGGCCCAAACUAAUGAUUUGGACUUCAUCCGAAGUCAGGUUAUACAAGCCAUGAUGGCGGCCCAAGACACUACGUCGGAACUUCUUACGAAUGCGUUGUUUCGUCUUGCGCGUCAUCCGAAGUACUGGGACCGGCUCCGCACUGAGUUUGCUGGUAAAUCCGAAGAUGAUCUCUCAGCUGAGAAUCUUUUGGCUUUGCGUCUUCAUCCAAUCUUUCCUCUCCUUGGACGUAUCGCGCUGCGGGACACUAACUUACCAGUCGGGGGAGGUCCUUCUCACGAUCAUCCUAUGUUUAUUCAGAAGGGUUCAAUGGUUGUGAUGGAUUAUUAUGCGCUCCACCGCAACCCUGAAGUUUUCGGAGACGACGUUGAGACAUUCAGGCCUGAACGUUGGGAUUCAAUUAAGCCAACCCAAUGGGAAGUCCUUGGAUUCGGCGGAGGUAAUCGUGCAUGCCUUGGUCAGCAGAAAGCAACGAUUGAGGCGUCGUACGUCCUCGCGCGACUUGCUCAAGUAAUAGAAUUGAAGAUGACAUGUAAGAGCGCGAAUGGAUGUAAAGUGGCGGUCUACCUAACCGAGCAUCUGGCUAGAUCUGAGCCGAAUACCGGCCUUUAA